AUGUCUUUGACAACUACUGAUUGUUCACAACAUCCUCAUAUCCCCCAGCUGUUCCAGCCCCUGUUCAGCCCUGUUAGCCCCACCUGUUCCCAGCCCACCCCACCCCACCCACCCACACCAGCUCCACCCCAGCCCUGUUCCUGUUCCACCCCUGUUCCCACCCUGCCCACCCUGUCUGUUCAGCCCCCAGUUCCAGCUGUGCACCCCACCCCACUCCUGUUCCCUGCCCCUGCAGCCCCACCUGCACCCCAGCUCCCACCUCAGCCUGUUCACUGUUCCUGUUCACCCCACUCCACUCCAGCCCACCAGCCCCCACUGCACCCCCAGCUCCAGUCUGCGUUCAGCCCCAGCCCCACCUCAGGCCUCAGCCUCACCCCACCAGCCCCAGCCCUGCACUGUUCCCAGCCUCCCACCCCACCCCACUGCCCUGCCCUGUCCCCCACCAGCCCACCAGUUCCCAGCUGCCCCAGGCCCAGCCUCAGCUCACCCCAGCCCCAGCCUGUUCCCAGCUGCCACCACUGCUCACCCCCUGUUCUGCCUCCCAGUGUUCCACCCCACCUGUUCAGCCCCACCAGCAGCUCCCACCAGCCCACCCACUCCCACAGCUCCAGCCCUGUUCACCCCCAGCUGGCCCACUCCAGCCUGGCUGUUCCCAGCCCCUGUUCCCCAGCUGCUGUUCCAGCCCCACAGCCUGUUCCCACUCUGUUCCCAGCAAGCUGGCAGCCCUGCACCCCACCCCACCCCCAGCCCCACCUGCUGUGCCUGUUCCCAGCCCCACCCACCACCACCCCACCCCUGUCUGCACCCCUGUUCAGCCCACCCAGCCCCAGCUCAGGCCCCAGCCUCACCCCUGUCUCAGCCCCCAGCUCCCCAGCUCCCAGCCCUGUUCCUGUCUCAGCCAGUCUCAGCCUGUUCCCAGCCCAGCACCCACUCCCACUGAGCCCACCCCCACUCCAAUUAAGCUCCCAGCUUUAA